UUAUUUUACCAACUCUCCUCUCAUUCAUCACAAAAUCCCAAACAACCCCUCUUUUUAUUAUUUACAAAACUUGAAACUUUUCUCAUUCACUCACUUUCCGUCUUUCCCUCAUCUCUCUCAUCUAUCUAUCUAUCUAUCUAUCUAUCAUGGAUGUUUCUUCAAACAAAAACCAAAAACUUAAGCUCAACCUUAAACUAUUCCUUCAAAUUGCAUUCCCAUUAAUCCUUUUAACCCUAAUCCCUCUACAAUUAGCCAAGAACAUUUACUUUAAAAGAUCCCCUACCACAACGCCGGCUAGUAGUUCAAGUACCCCUAAGAUAUACAUCAACAAUGAGGUUGAAGAAGCAACCCACCCACCCGCUCCUCCAAAACACGGGUCAUUACCCCCUACGACAAGGAAAUGUGAUAUCUUUUCGGGCGAAUGGGUACCGAACCCGGAGGCACCAUAUUACACGAAUACAACGUGUUGGGCUAUCCAUGAACAUCAAAAUUGUAUGAAAUAUGGAAGACCCGAUAGUGAGUUCAUGAAAUGGAAGUGGAAGCCUGAUGGCUGUGAACUUCCCAUUUUUAAUCCUAGACAAUUCUUUGAGAUUGUUAGAGGCAAGUCUUUGGCUUUUAUUGGUGAUUCUGUUGCAAGAAAUCAAAUGCAAUCCUUGAUUUGCCUUUUGUCCCGGGUGGAAUAUCCAUAUGACGUCUCCUACACUAAAGAUGAACACUAUAAACGUUGGCACUACAAUAACUACAACUUCACAGUAGCCAUGUUCACAAGUACUUUCCUAGUUAAAGCCCAAGAAAACGACCCGAAUGGUCCAAAUGGAACCGGUAUGUUUGGGCUUUUCCUCGACGAGCCUGAUGAGACAUGGACAACCAAAAUCGACGAGUUUGAUUACAUUAUAUUAUCAGCGGGCCAUUGGUUCUUCCGGCCCAUGAUGUACUACGAGAAGGGUAGUCUCAUGGGCUGCCGUUUUUGCCAAAUUCCAAACGUCAAAGACUACACCAUGGCCUACGGAUACCAGAAGGCGUUCAACACCGCCUUUCGGGCCAUUUUGGAGAGGGAAAGCUUCAAGGGAGUAGUGUAUUUGAGGACCUUUGCCCCUUCACAUUUUGAAGGGGGAGAAUGGAACAAAGGUGGCAAUUGUUUGAGGCAAAAACCUUACAAAAGUAGUGAGAUUAAUUUGGAAGGGAUUGAUUUAGACUUGUAUAUGGCCCAAUUGGGAGAGUUUAAGAAGGCCCAAAAGUUGGGUAGACAACGUGGGCUUGGGUUCAGGCUUAUUGAUAUGACACAGCCCAUAUUGAUGAGGCCAGAUGGACACCCAAGUAAGUAUGGGCAUUGGCCCAAUGAGAAUGUGACUUUGUAUAAUGAUUGUGUCCAUUGGUGUUUGCCUGGGCCCAUUGACAAUUGGAAUGAUUUUCUACUUGAAAUGAUAAGGAGUGAAGGGGUGAGAUCCAAGGAAGACAUGGUUCUUCACUCAAAGGAGAGAAAGUUGAAGAGUAGAAGAUGAAAUUAAAUUUAUUUAAGGAAUUGAAUUAAAUAUUUAUAUUAUAUAGUUUAAUUUGUGGGUUUUGUAAUGCGAUUUGUCAAAAUAUUUGUAUUUGUAUAGAAUUGAAUGGGAUUAGAAAGAAAAAGAAAAAUCCCUAUUUUGAGGUCAAAUAAUUGAGUUUUUUCAUUGCUUGGAAGUAAAUUUAUCA